CAACAACAAAGAGACAGCAUCCAACACGAUCAUUGUUGAUUGGAAUCGUUCGCCUAGCAGACUUUUGGCGAGUGGAUAAGGCAGCCCAUAGCUUGUAGCAUAGCGCAAAGAUUCUGUGUCCCUACCUGAUCACAUCCCACCUGUUCCGCACACCUCCCUCUUCUCUCGCCGCACCACAUCGCAAUGGACAUCACCCUCCUCCCACCGACCGCCAUCCUCUCGAACCACUCCCACCUCGCAGUCCUCCCAUCUGCAUUUCCUCGUCGUAUAAGAGGCCAAGUGACCCCUUCGGGCCAUCCUCACCUCUCUUCAGCCUACCGACCACGCAGACGAUCCUUCCCAUGCCCUCCGCCACCGAUGGACGGACGGUGCAUGGUCGACGAGUUGCCAGAUGAAAUUCUCGUCAACAUACUUUGCUUUCUAGACUGGGAUCAGGUGCUCCAUCUACGCUCAGUGUCUCGACGAUGGUCCAAUCUGGCGUUAUCUCCCACUCUACACCAAUCCCUCACCCUCCUGGCUCUCCCACCGACACCCCUGCCCUACAUAUUACGGAUAAUGCUCCAGAACAUCCGUCAUCUUCACCUACAUCUCUUCCCUUACCCGACGUCCAUUCCCGGAGCGACACAUCCCACCACAGCUCUUCUCACUCUCCUUGAUGCCAUUCCCCCAGAUCAACUCAUCUCCUUAUCAUUGCCAUUCUCCGCUCCUUAUCUUCCCGGCUCUGACCUCGGCAAAGUCCUCAAACGCAUCGGCGGGAGACUCGAGCAUCUCGACUUGCGGGGCAGCGGACUCGUCGGCUCAAAAUGGACGCAAUGGAUCAAAUGGGUCGGCAAGAACGGACAUGGACUUCGAUCUCUGGACCUGAGCUUCACCUCCAUCUCUACACUGCCAGGUUGCCCUACGCCAACUUCACCAUUGAGACCAUUCCGUAAUCCACGAACCUUACACACGGCUCUGCCCCUGACGCUGCCCGUCGGCAUCACAGACGAGGACAUUCUCGACAUUGACCCUUUCCGUAAUCUGCGGGUCCUCUCCCUGUCUUCCUGUGCCUACCUCUCCGAACAGGUCCUAAGCGCCUUCCUAGCCCGUCUACCGCCACUGCUCCAGCGCUUGGACGUUUCACGCCUCGAAUCGAUCACCUUUGAAGCCUUGUGGAACCUGAGAGUGGUCAACAAUGCUGAAGCGCAUGACCCAUGGCUAGCAUCUUCUGCCUCUCCCACCUCUUUGAUCGAUAUCAAGGUGGUCGGGAUUGACCAUCUCACCCGUUUGGACAUCCGACGACUCAAACACCACUGGGAAGCUCAACGGCAUGUCUGUGUCCCUCCUGCGCCUGCCCCGGCGACAAUUCCACAGGUAGCGUGGAAGGUGCCGAAGACGCCGCCGAUGAAAGCGAGACCUCUGAGCCCUCCACCAACUCCCUCACCCCCAGACAAUUCACGGAGGAUGUCACUCAUGGAUGCCGCACUUGGUGGCGCCCUAGACGCAAAGCAUGUGCCACCGUACGGCCUGCCGACGCCGCCUGACUCUGGAUCCUCGUCGGACGAGAUGGACAUUGACGACAUCGACCCGAUCGCUCAGCUGACACACAUCAACAUUGUACACUCUGCUAUUCUCGAGUCAGAGGAUGUGGAUGGGUACAGGCGUUUCAUCGGUGAAGUUGCGGGAGGUGUCGUGAGACCAAGUGCCUGGUAAGUAGAUCGGGCGGGGAUGCAUCUUGAGUCGAGCCGGGAGCAAAAUUGUGCUAUGGCCAUAUGUUCACAUCAUCUAAGACCUGCUUGUCCACUUUGGGACGCGGAUCGUCGAACAGCAUAAAAUAGAUCAAUCUGUCACGGACUCAGACGUCUAGCGGCCAGUCAUCGGUUUCUACACUAGCAGCAGCCACAAAGUGGGACAGAAGAAGGCCCCACGGACGAAGCGAACAAGCGGCAAAUGACUGCCUCAUAAGCCUUUUGCCCUCUAUCAAGUACCUCAAUGUUCAUCAAAACGGGCCAGUAAGGUUAAAUCAAUUUAGCGGCAAACUGUUCCACCGGUGCAAAGGCCGAUAGACAUUAAGGUCGAACCUUUGAGAUGAGCAUCCUUAUUAGCUUCAUCUUGACCUCGACCCUCCACGACGAGAAAGAGAGUUAAAUGAAAUGACA